UGCAACCAGCGGCAGAAAACAAGCUGCAGAGAGGCUUGAGUGCAAGCGUAUAUUCAACUUGGUUUGAUACCCGACUGAGUUACACAGGACCUAGCGUUCUUCAUUCCCUGGUAAACCCUGGAUAGGAGGUACAGCACACCCUGGCUGCAGCUGUUGGUUCGGUUCUGUUUGCAAAGGGGUCUUGUAGGAGAAACGGGUGCUUCCCCAAAUCCAUUCGCAAUUUUAAACAGGACCUUUGUUAUCGCGUGGAAGUGGCUGAUGUCACCUAUUAUUACUCACACUUUAUUCCAGAACUUCAUUCCUUUUCAGCCGGGCCUUCGUCUAUAUCGCAGUGCAACGUAUAUGGGAUUCAUCAAAAUAUCGUUGCACAGUGGAUGAUUUAUCAACAACAAAAGCAGUUAAAGACCCUUUAUUUUAUUGUUGAAGCUGUGAUUUGUGUAUUCUUUUUAUACUUUGGAUUCUGAUGUAACCGUUGUGGGAUAUUUGCCUUUAUUGGUUGUUUCAACUCCAGAUGCAUUCGCUGUUGGAUCGAAAGAAGAAAUCAGCCGGAGUGGGGCUGGAUAUGUCCCCGAGCAUCUUGCCCCAAGCCCCGAGGAUGUUCAGCUGUGUGGGGUGCUUCUGGGUCCUCUUAUCGUCGGUUUUAGUUGCGAUUUGCAGUUUCAGUUUUAUCUCGCCGGCGUGGAUUGUCAAAGAGCACCUUAAAAACAAAGACUCGGUGAGCUUCGGGUUACUUUGGCAUUGUUCUGAGUCGAUGGAUAACAUGUACAGCUGCUAUACUUUUGGAGGUCUGGGGAAAUUUGCCGAUAUUCCUUCCAGUUCCUGGCAGACGAGUGCUGUGCUGUGUUCGGGAGGCUGUGCCCUGCUGGCGUUGAGCUCCUUGCUGGCUAUCAUCACCAUUUUCCUUCCCAGUGGGCAAUGUGAGCGGAGGGCGUGCACGCUGGCUGGAUACAUGCAGACAGCAGCAGAAUCCGAGUAUGCAAUUAACGUGUAA